CUAUUUUUUUCGCCACCCCCUAUUUCAAUUUCAAUUAUUAUCCACACUUCAUAUCUAUCUGAAGGCACUAGCACUCCCAUUAAAAUUAUUACUAUUUGAACAAUAUGGCCGAAGCCAGCAAGCCCGGAGGCUACGGCCAAAGCGGGCGCCCGCCAAAGAUCAAAAACAAGAACGCUGCGGUUAUCCAGAUCACAGCCGAGCAGUUGAUCCGCGAGGCGUACGAGCGCCAAGGCACAGUGCAGAAGGCACCGCGGCAAAAGGUGCUUGAUGGCGAAGAGCUCAGCGACUAUCAGAUGCGGCGACGGCGCGAGUUCGAAGAGGGCGUGCGCAAGAACCGCAGCAACAUCGGCGAAUGGCUGCGGUACGCCACGUGGGAGGAGAGCCAGCAGCAGGUAGGGCGAGCGCGGUCAAUCUACGAGCGCGCACUCGAAGUCGACAGCCGCAACCAAACCAUCUACAUCAAGUACGCCGAGAUGGAGAUGAAGAACAAGAACACAAACCUGGCACGCAAUCUCUACGACCGUGCGAUCACCGUGCUGCCGCGCGUCGCGCAGUUCUGGUACCGGUACACGUACAUGGAGGAGCUGCUGGGCAAUGUCUCGGGCGCGCGCGAGAUCUUUGACCGGUGGAUGCAGUGGGAGCCCGAGGAGGACGCGUGGAACGCCUACGUCAAGUUUGAGCGCCGCUAUGCUGAGGUCGACCGCGCACGCGCCAUCCUCGAGCGCUUCGUCUACGUGCACCCGCAGCCCAAGUCGUGGCUCAAAUGGACGGCCUUUGAGGAAGAGCUGCAUGAGUACGACCGCGUGCGCCAAGUCUUUGGCUUGGCCAUCGACCGACUCGGUGAAGCCUUUAUGGACCAGCACGUUUUCAUCUCAUUUGCUAAAUUCGAAGUGCGCAUGAAAGAGCACGAGCGCGCGCGCGCUAUCUACAAAUAUGCGCUCGAGCGACUGCCCAAAUCAAAAUCACAGGCGCUCUACAACCAGUACACGCUGUUUGAGAAGCAGUUCGGCGAUCGUGAGGAGAUCGAGAAUGUCAUUGUAACAAAGCGCCGCAUGCACUACGAGGCGCUGCUGAAGCAGGACUCUAAGGACUACGAUAGCUGGAUUGACUACGCAAAGCUCGAGGAGGACGCCGCUCAGACAGAUCCGCUGCUGCCAGAGUCCGUUGACCGCACGCGCGAUGUCUAUGAGCGCGCCAUUGCGGAGUACCCUGGGGUGGCCGAGAAGCGGCUAUGGCGGCGGUACAUUUACCUGUGGCUCAACUACGCGCUCUUCGAGGAGAUUCAGGCCAAAGACCUGCUGCGCGCACGCCAAGUCUACCAGGCCUGCAUUGACCUCCUCCCGCAUAAGACCUUCACCUUCGCGAAGCUCUGGCUGCAAUACGCGUGGUUCGAGAUCCGCUGCCUGAACCUCACCCAAGCGCGCAAAGCCCUGGGCCGCGCCCUCGGAACCUGCCCCAAGGACAAGCUGUUCCGCGGAUACAUCGAGAUUGAACUAGAGCUGCGCGAAUUCGACCGCGUCCGCACACUCUACACUAAAUACCUCGAGUUCAACCCGACCAACUGCGCGACAUGGAUUGAGUUUUCCAAGCUUGAAUCAGCCUUGGGCGAGAACGAGCGCUGCCAGGCGAUUUUUGACAUGGCCGUGGAGCAGCCGACCUUGGAUAUGCCCGAGGUACUGUGGAAGGCCUAUAUUGAUUUCGAGUUUGACCAGGCGGACUACGAUAAAACCCGCUCGCUCUACGAGCGCCUCCUCGACCUCACUCACCACGUCAAGGUGUGGAUCAGCAUGGCGCACUUUGAGCUCGCCGUACCACAUACCACCCAAGACAAAGAGCAACCCUUGGCCCGGGCCAGGGCAGUUUACGAGCGCGCCUACGCCAAACUGAAGAAAGAAGGUCUCAAAGAGGAGCGCCUAGUACUGCUGGAUGCUUGGUUAGAAACUGAGACAGAGCGCAGUACCAGUGGUGGUGGAGGAGACCCGGCGAUGGUCGAGCGCAAGAUGCCAAAGAGAGUGAGGCGCCGCAGGGAGGUCGCUGAUGGGUCGUUGGAAGAGUACUUUGACUAUGUGUUCCCUGAUGACGAAGAGCAGGGUGCCAGGUUCAAGCUGCUGGCCAAGGCACAUAUGUGGAAGCAAAAGGCCAAGAGCACAUCGGAAUCUGCUGCGCCUGAUGUGCCUGACGUGCCUGCUGAUGCUUUGGAAACUGAGUCGAAAAAUGGCUCAAAGGAUCAUUCGGAAAGCGAGUCGGAAUGAUACGGAUGGUAGCUUUUAUGUAUGUAUCAGUUUUUUAUUUAAAUUUUUACUCAUUUGGUCAAUGAUGCAUGUGGUGGCUCAUGUAAAGUAUAAUUGAAAUUCAUUCAUUCAUUCAUUUUUAUUUUUUAGUCACGUUUCUCCAUUGUUACUUUGGAAAAAGAGGGAA